UUAGAUUAGAAUUUUUUAGUGAGUUGCUGAAAACUUAAAAGUGUUGCUUCCCAGAGUUUAGGAAAAAGUACAUCAAGGAAGAAGUGCAGAUACAAUACCAAACAAUGUCUGAAGUGAAAGCGAAACUGCUGACGCAAGUCGCUGAACCGAUGACCUCUUCUGGUAACAAGGUCACUGUCGUCGGUAUCGGCCAGGUCGGAAUGGCUUGCGCCUUCAGCAUCUUGACCCAGAACGUCUCUAGCGAAGUUGCUCUUGUCGAUGUGAACGCCGACAAGUUACAAGGAGAGAUGUUGGAUUUGCAACACGGUUCAGCAUUCAUGAAAAACGCCCAAAUCAGUGCAGGAACUGAUUUCACCGUUACGGCGGGAUCCCGGCUGAUUGUUAUUACGGCCGGUGUGCGCCAGAAGGAAGGUGAGAGUCGUUUGGACCUGGUUCAACGAAAUACCGACAUCUUGAAGGGGAUCAUUCCGAAAUUGAUUGCCCAAAGUCCCGAUUGCACUCUGCUAGUCGUUUCUAAUCCGGUCGACAUUCUCACCUACGUUGCUUGGAAGCUAAGCGGUUUACCGAAGAAUCGUGUUAUAGGAUCCGGAACAAACUUAGACUCGUCUCGUUUCCGUUUCUUGAUGUCGCAAAAGCUUGGUGUGGCACCUACUUCUUGUCACGGCUGGAUCAUCGGUGAACACGGUGAUAGCAGUGUGCCAGUUUGGUCUGGAGUUAAUGUUGCCGGUGUCAGAUUGGCCGAAAUCAAUCCGACCAUCGGAACCGAUGCUGAUUCGGAGAAAUGGGGAGAUUUGCAUCACCAGGUCGUUAACAGUGCCUAUGAGGUCAUUCGUUUGAAAGGGUAUACAUCUUGGGCUAUCGGAUUGAGCGUGGCAUCGCUAACUUCAGCCAUUUUACGCAACACCUACAAUGUUCACGCCGUUUCGACAUUGGUUUCGGGUGAACACGGCAUAACUGACGACGUCUACCUUUCCCUACCUUGCGUCUUAGGACGUAAUGGUGUUAGCCAUAUUGUUAAGCAGAUCCUAACGCCAGAAGAAACGAAGAAAUUACAAAAUUCUGCAUCGCUUAUGGCCAAGGUUCAGGCUGGAAUUAAAUUUUAAGCAUCACACGUAAUCUGUCUGUGUGUCUAUGUUAUUUAUUACUUAAUAUAAUGUUUUUUUAACAAUAGGUAUAAUUCUCUCAUGGCUUAGCGGUCAAAACUCUUGAACUAAACACAUCCAGUAUAUUGGAAGGCCUUAUGUAUUUUUAUGCAUCUUUUGGUUCUAUGCAUCAAGCGCAUGGAUCAGCGUUCUUUCACAUUACGAAGCACAGUUGUUAUAAUUCGAAUAAACAGAAAAACCAAAUGGCUUACAGCCAUUAAAUUUUACAGCAAACCAAUAUCGAACCAAUCCAAUUUCGAAGCAAAAUUUCCGAUAAGAAUUACUAUACAAAAUUUUAAUUACUGUAGAAAGACUUUGACAAAGUAACAAAAUAACAGAAAAUAUAAAUCAAUCAAAUACGCACCGAAUUACCUCUAUUCCACACAGUGUUCCAACGAUUUAUUAAUUGCGAUGCAGAAAAAUUUAGAGCGAACUAACAGCCCAUAUUCACUAAUCUACAUCUAUCCAAAGAAAAGAGCAACUGUAAUAAAUACCCACAGUAUAACUGUACCGAAUCAUAAAAAAACAU